GCAGUACAGGAAGAAGAAGAAGAGGAGGAAUCAUCACAACAGCAGCCCGCGUCUGUUGCUGUGUGCUCUUCUCAUUUAUUUUAGUACACGUUCCACUACCGUCUAGCUCAGGGACACACGGCAGUUAGGGAGCGCGAUAACGAUCGGGCCAAAAACACCGAAUAGUGUCACAACAUUGAAGAGGCAAUAUCGCCAAGCGAAUACCAGUUCAUCGGCCGUCAUGACGCGCGUUUAUCUUUUCGUGAUUCUAAUGUUCCAUUGCGCUUUGAGUUCGGUGCAAAAUGAGAGUUGCGGGCCUUCCAGACCUUCGCAGACCGCGAACUUCUCUCUCCGUAGAGCGACGUGGCUGAUGCAAGGCGAUGUGCUCACCCAAGAAGAGGCGUCGGCGCGGCACAUCCGGCUGAUCACCUGGGAGUCACAUCUCUCGGUGAACACCAGAAUGGACGCGCACUACGCGCGAUCAGGCUACUUCAUCAGCUGCGUGAUCGCCGCGUCCAUCCACGGAAACGGUCACGUGAGCGUGGCGGCGGGCGGCUACGGAAGCAAGGAGGUCCGAAUUCUUUACGUUACGAAGAACGACGAACCGGAUGUUCUGUACGUUUUCGUACAAGCGGUGCGGAGGGAACCGGUGUCCGUCGCAGGAAAUGUCGCGGCAAAUGCGAGACUGGGCAUUGUCUAUGAACCUAUCAAAAACUGGACCCAGAGUGAAGUCCAGGACGCCUUGGGCAGUUCGAAUACUUCUCUUGUAGCUAACAGCUAGAGUCGCUUUUUAUAUCUUCAUAGUAUAAUAAUUGUAUUUUAUAAAAAUACUUUCGGCUAUUGUUUUGAUUAAAUUGACACGUCGAUUAUUAUGACAUUUCAGAAAAUGCGCGCGCAUGUGGCGACGAUUCAAUUUAUUUCGUAUAAGAAAAUGCUUAAUAGAAUUUUCAAUGAACACAGCAGGACAACGCCAACAAGUUGAAGAAGAAUUUAAACUCUUUUUAUGUGCUUUUUAAUUUUGCAAUUUGACUUCCAUCGAGUUCAUUCUUAUGAAAAGAAUUUAGGACAUAUUGUUAAUCGAUUUUCUAUAUCCUUUCAAACAUAAAAUAUUUAGGAAGAGAUGAUUAAUUAAGCUUUAUUAGUUAAAUUAUUGCUCAUCGUUAGAUUCAUAAAAUACUAAAUAAUUCCAAAAAAAAUUUUUUUUUUAAUUUUAGCAAAAUAUUCUUUUAUGCGACAUAUUAGUUAAAAAAAGGUAGAUAUAUCAGAAUGUCUUUUAGAUUAUUUGGAUUAAUUCAGUUGAGGAAACUUCUCUCGCCAGAGUUGGCGGGUUCAAAUGGCUGAUUCUUCCCGUAUAAUUAUGAUCAGCGAGAUGCUCAUUUGAAAUGGAUAACGCAUCAUCUUGUCUUCUCACAUUUCUGACGGAAUAGCGUGUAAUUGCGUGCGUCUUUCUAAUGUAAUUACGUAAGACGAGACAUGCAUUAGGCGCAUAAGCUUAUGUUUAAGCUUCCUCAAUAAUAUUAUAUAAAAUGCUGCUUGUUGAUUGUUGCAUAUUUUUCCUUGAUUUUUUGCGCAAAAAUAAAUUUCACUAUUUUCUACAUUAUUUUUGGUCUCGAACUUUGAUAAUUGCGCAAACAAAAGUUUCUAUUAAAGAUUGUAUUUUUAAAAAAUACGGAGUAACAAUUCAUUAACAAUAUGACUUUUAUAUUUAGUGUAAGAAGCUCUGUCGUUAAAGAAUUAGAACACUUUGACGUAUGGUCAGCAGAUAAUUGACGCAAAUGGAUCAUUCAUUUUUUCGAUCUUUCCGACAGCCGUUAGUUUUCACGUUCCACCUGUUAUAGCAGGAAUACUUUACCGAGUGCGAACACACGUCUGGCCGACGUUAAUUGUGAAAGUAGAUCGCAAUUCGUAACUAAUAGACGCCGGCGAGUGUUACGUUUGGCGAGCGGAGAUUAAAUGAUUAAUCGCGCCAUAAUGAACCGCAGUUUCUCGAAAUAUUGUCCGAUUUAAUUACAGCACUAUUGUUCGCCACGCUACAUUGCGACGCGAUCGAAACUUCGAGCGUAAUUAUUUAUAUGAAAACGAUGGUAAAAGGCAGUAUUUCUCAUUUAAUUAUUGCGUACUCCGAUACGAACAAAAAGCUUGCAUAGCACACGAUUAAUAUAAAAAUCUGGAAUUACGAGACGCGUUUGUAGUAAUUUAAUUAAUAUACGCUGAAAUAAUUUCAGUAAUUUUUGGCUUUAUAAUAAUAAUAAUAUGUGAAUCUAUUUCAGUCACAAUAAUAACAUGUCAUCGUGACUAUUAUUGCUUUUA